GUCUGAAUAAAAGAGACACAAAGCUAAAACAUAAAAAACAAUGCAACAAAACAAAAGGAUAAUGCUAAUCUCAUGUUGAAUGAAUGUAGAUGUAACUUUAGACCAAUGUCUACUGUCAGGAGCCAAACCAACCAUCCGGGGGGCCAACCUCACUUAAGGUGCCUCCAAUCUCCUGUGUUUUAUUACUCGAUUUACUCCAUUGGGGCUCAAUGAUCAAUCUCAAUUUGUGGCUCAUAUUAGCCCCUAGUGGUAACAUUCUGUACUGUCACCAGCCUCUCCAACUGAAGUUAUGUGACUGCACUAACCUAGCAUGAGAUUUGUUUUGUUUACGGUUGGUGUUGCCAGGAUAUGUUCACUGAAUACCACUCCUCUCCUUAGACCCAUUCUUGUCUGCAAUGAUUUAAACUGUCAGUCAUCUAAACAUGAGUGCCCAGGACUUAAUAACAUUCAAUAUUGGAGGUAAAAAAUUCACCACUACUCUGUCAACUCUCAGAAGACACCAAGACUCAAGAAUAGCUAGGAUCCUGGAUGGCAAAGACACAGAUUUUAAAGUUAUCAGUGGACAAGUUUUUGUAGAUAGAGAUUGGACUUUCUUUAAAUACAUCCUGGAUUAUAUGAGGACAGGUCAAAUCACCUUGCCAGCAGAAUUCUCUGACUACAAUGGCUUGGCUCAAGAAGCACAGUUCUACGGUUUGCAUCCAUUGGCACUUUGGGUUGAGAGGAACAUCCAUCGAUCCAGAGUUGAGGUUCUAGAGUUGCGCUUCUCUGUCCAGGAUACUCACGGAUUCUUCCAAAUAUUCUGCUCCAACAACAAAACUCUGGAGGCUUUGGCGACAAGGAUAUCCAUUUUCGUGGAACAUCCAAAUCUGAAUGGAAAUUUCCCACACCUGCCUCAGAACUCCAGCACACCUCAUCCUGUACCGGUCCAGAGACCCUCUCACCACGACAUGGUGUUCCAAUGUGGGACUGACCAACUAGCCACGGACGACUUCUCUGCCAGGUUUGUAACUAUUGAGCCAGAUGACAGAAAGCUUCUCAACAGCACCAACGUCCUGGGCCUGCUGGUAGACACCCUUCUGAAGGAUGGGUUUCGCCUGAUCGACACAAGGACAGUUUCCCAAGAGGAGAAGAUUGAAUGCUACAUGUUUGAAAGGAGCAGGAAUACCCAGAUCGUUGUACUGAGUGAAACCCCCAGGGCAGAACAUCUCAGAAGAGAGGACACACAGAGCCAGCUUGGUGAAGGAAAGAAAAAGUGA